AUUUUAUUAAGAAAAAGUAGCACAUAGUCGAUCAUCUGGCAUAUUGCUAUAAAAAGGCAAUAAAAAUAACAAAAGAAUUCUAUUUAUUGCACAAAUAAAAACUAAUAAAAGCACAUAUGAACCACACAAGUUUCUGUUAAAUCCCUCUAAAAAAAGAGAGGUGCUUCCUAACCAUAGACACCCAUGGCCAGUUAUUUCCUUCCAAAACAAACAGACAAACUACCACCUCAUUUCAUUUAAUUUCUUUUCUUCUUUUUCCAUUUAAACGUAAUCAGUAUUUAAUUAUUAUUAUUAUUAUUAGAAAAGAACAAAAAAGAAAAAGACAAAAAAAAAAAAAUACAUUCUUUCACCCACGACAAGAACAUAAUAAUGUUAAGGAUGCCUUUAUCCUCUGUGUCUCCUUUGGUGUUGUUUCUCAAGGCAGCCAUUUUAGCAGCAGUCGUUGCCAUCUCCUUUUCAGGCAAUGCUUAUGCCUUGUCUGCACAAACAGUUAUAGACUCUCCUUUAUUGACACAGAAAAUAGGCACCAAUCGCACCAUCAAGGUCGACAUCAAUGGAAAAGGUGAUUUUACAUCUAUCCAAGAAGCCAUCAAUGCUGUUCCUCAAAACAAUUCUAAAUGGAUUAUCAUCCAUGUUAGGAAAGGAGUAUACAGAGAAAAGGUACACAUUCCAAAGAACAAACCCUAUAUUUUCUUGAGAGGGAAUGGAAAAGGAAGGACAGCCCUGGUUUGGUCCUUGAGUUCUACUGAUAACAAGGCAUCUGCCACAUUUACUGUAGAAGCCCCACACUUCAUUGCUUUUGGUAUUAGUAUCAAGAAUGAGGCUCCCACUGGGGUGGCUUUUACCUCUCAAAACCAAUCAGUAGCAGCAUUUGUGGGUGCAGACAUGGUUGCAUUCUACCACUGUGCAUUUUACAGCACCCACAACACUCUAUUUGAUUACAAAGGCAGACACUAUUAUGACCACUGCUACAUUCAAGGCUCAAUUGACUUUAUCUUUGGUCGUGCAAGAUCAAUUUUCCAUAGCUGUGAGCUCUUUGUGAUUGCAGACUUGAGGGUGAAGAUCCAUGGGUCCAUCACUGCCCAUAACAGGGAAUCACAUGAUGAUAGUGGGUUUGUUUUUGUCAAAGGAAAGGUUUAUGGUAUUGGUGAUGUUUACUUAGGAAGAGCUAAAGGUGCCUAUUCCAGGACUAUUUUUGCAAAGACAUACCUUUCUAGGACUAUUGAUCCUAGAGGUUGGACUAAUUGGAGCUACAGUGGCACCACAGAAAACCUUUUCCAAGCAGAGUACAAAUGCCAUGGACCAGGAGCUGAUACCACCGAUCGUGUUGAGUGGGCCAAACAACUUACUGAAGCAGAAGCUGAACCCUUCAUGUCCAUUGACUUCAUAGAUGGCCAACAAUGGCUUCCAGUUUGGCUUUGAAUUUCUCAGUGAUUUUGGAUGCAUGUCACCCAUUAAUUCUUGUUUUAUUCCAAAUGGCAUAUUUGCCACUCAAUGUCAAUUCUAUAUCUCAGUGUUUACUUUAGGCAUAUUUCUAUGACUUUUCUUGAUUAUAUUCUGUAUAUCAUUGAAACUAAAUACAAAACCAGUUAUAAUUUUUAUU